ACACUGCACAAAAACAUGAGCUGUUGUUAAAUGAGAGCGAAUUUUUAGAUUUCGGUUUUCAGCGAGCGCGCGUGCCAAAUAUUACACACGAAUAUCGGUAGUGCAAAUUAUAAAAUAAAAGACAAGCACAACGGGCCAGGACACUCGACUCAAUGGUGGCAUUGCUAUAGUUUGCUUUCCGGACUGAUUUUUUAUUUUAAAUUACAUGUUUUUUUUUUGUUGUUAUACUAUUGAUUAAAUUUGCUGUGAAUACACACACACAUACAUAGGCACGCACGCCCGAGCUCACACACACACACACAUACACACAAAAAAAAACGGUUAGAGAAGAAAAACAACAACAAAAUUUUUAGCUGGCGCGCAAAUACACACACAAAAAAUUCCCCCCAAAUACACUAAAUUGAUAAAUUGCUUAGACGCUAAAUGAGUCGAAGAAUAUUGCUAUAGAGCGUGAUAUAGCUGUUUCCACCGAUUGCAGAAACAAUGGACGUUGCUGAUAAGAUUCAGACGGCUUCCAGCACCAGCACAACCACAACAGCGGAACCAGCAACAUCGACACUUACCCAGCGCAAUGGCAGGCUGGAUUGGGAGCAAAUCCUACAGGAUCAGCCGGAUCAGGCACAGGAGUCGGUGCCACAGGCCAGCCCUCAAAAGCAAAAUCCACAACAACAGUCACAGGCCAUGUCGGCGGACGAGAGAAAGGCCACCAAGAAGUCCCUGGUGAUUGUGGCCGCCAUAUUCGUGGCCAGUGUGGCUACCAUGUUCUAUGUCUACGCUAUAUUUCCCGAGCUCAAUGAAUCGGAGAAGAAACAUUUGAAAAUACCGCGUGAUAUUCAAGAUGCCAAGAUGCUGGCCAAGGUCCUGGACCGCUACAAGGACAUGUACUACUUCGAGGUUAUGUUCGGCGUGGUCGUCGCUUACGUAUUCCUACAAACAUUCGCCAUUCCCGGAUCGCUGUUCCUGUCGAUUCUUCUCGGAUUCCUCUACAAGUUCCCCAUCGCCCUGUUCCUGAUCUGUUUCUGCUCGGCGCUGGGCGCCACGCUCUGCUACACUCUGUCCAAUCUGGUGGGCCGGCGACUCAUCCGACACUUCUGGCCGAAGAAGACCAGCGAAUGGUCCAAACAUGUCGAGGAGUACCGGGACAGUCUAUUCAACUAUAUGCUAUUCCUGCGAAUGACACCGAUCCUGCCCAAUUGGUUCAUCAAUCUGGCAUCGCCGGUAAUUGGAGUACCGUUGCACAUCUUCGCCCUGGGCACCUUUUGCGGUGUGGCACCGCCCUCGGUGAUCGCCAUCCAGGCGGGCAAAACGCUCCAAAAGAUGACCAGCUCCAGUGAAGCGUUCUCCUGGACAUCAAUGGGUGUGCUAAUGUUUUGCGCCUGCGCAUCGUUAUUACCGGGACUGCUUAAAAAUAGGUUCAAGCACAAGAAGGAAGCGUAAACCAUUAAUCGGAAAUAGUACCGUGUUAGGAAUGAAAAUCGGGAAUCCCCGCGCAGGAUGAUCCCGCCAAAAAACGCUAUUCCCCCAAACUGAAACCAAAACAACAAGAUAAAUCAUAAACUGUAAUUUAUAGAGAUACCAAGAGAUGAACGAAAAUAUUAACUAAAACCGAAAUAAAAAAAAAAGAUAGUGCGUCUAUUUUGGAAUUAAAAACAUGACGCUCGCCACGUUCCUCCUCCUCAAAAAUGAUGAAACAAUUUUAAAAAAAAAAAACCGGU